UUUCUCAAUUCUUCUACUUAUCCUCCCCUCUUCUCCUUUGCUACCCCCUUAUCCUCUUCGCAUCUUCUUGCCUCUGAUCAUUUUCAAUUGAGGAAAUUUGGACAGCAAGGACCACUGCGGGUGAUGGGAUCGUCGUCAGGAGCCACUGGAUCCGAUGACACGAAGGCUUGCCCUCGAGGGCACUGGAGACCUGGCGAAGACGAGAAGUUGAGGCAGCUUGUCGAGCAGUAUGGUCCUCAGAACUGGAACUCGAUUGCCGAGAAGCUGCAAGGGAGGUCAGGAAAAAGCUGUAGAUUGAGGUGGUUUAACCAACUUGACCCAAGAAUUAACAAGAGACCAUUCACAGAGGAAGAAGAAGAGAGGCUCCUCGCAGCUCAUCGCAUUCAUGGAAACAAGUGGGCGUUGAUAGCCCGACUUUUCCCUGGUAGGACUGACAACGCUGUGAAGAACCAUUGGCAUGUGAUCAUGGCUCGACGGCACAGAGAGCGAUCGAGGCUCUUCGGCAAGAGAAGCUGUCAGGACUACAUCUCCGAUAGCACAGUGAAUGGCCUCUUUACUCCGUGCUCGGCUCCUCCAGAGGGAAGUAAGUCAAAACACCUCCAAUUGGAUACUGGUAGACUCUUUGAGUUUGGAAUCUCCACCACUGACAGGAUGGCCGCGUCACCUUCGAGUUCAUCAUUUUCUUGGGCCUUCUCCGGAUCAACCUUCCCUUCGUCACGUCAAAUUUUUGGUGCUGAUAGAAGGGACUACCAUCGUCCUAAAUAUAAUUAUAAUGUUCUUGAGAGCUCCCGUUUCCGUGACCAGUCUCUUCGCCCUUCUAAUUAUCAUAUUUACAGAAGUUUCAAUGCAUUGCGUAACACUGACUACAUGCGGGUGGCACCUCAUUCCAUCAGAUUCUCCGCCACCGGCGACGGUUGUGGAAGUGAGGUAAUGACAGCAGGUGAAUUAAUUAGACUUGGGGAUUCUUCGGCCAGAGCAAUGAACCAUAGAGCUCAUGAUAAUCAGCAAGAUGAUGGUGAUGAUGAUUCCUUGACAUGCAAGGUCGACGUUCCCUUUAUCGACUUCCUGGGUGUUGGGAUCACCUCUUGAAUUCAAAGUUAUCACAAAUCCGCAUACUUUGAGUCAGGCCGGACAUCUAAAUUAAGAGAGAUAAUAACCAAGUUGGCAGUGGUACACUUGUUUGCUGUGGUGGCAUCAUGAAAAAUGCAUGGUUCUAUCAGGAGCUAAUAUUUAUUCUCAACUGUCAACCUUCUAGUUCAUUAAUUUAUCAAUGCCUUUGAUCUUGUUAAUAUGAUCAUCUCUUUUUCUUUUUUGAUGGCUUCAAAUAUUUUUCUCUUGUCAAAUGCUCUUUUGCCAAGAGCUUGUGGUUCACCCUCAAAACACAGCUUAAACCCUAUGGUUGGCCAAAGGAUAUUAGAGUUUCAUGGGCGGCAUGGAGGAGAGGAAGAAUCAAAGGCUGUUUAAAAAGGGUUGGGAUCAGCUUGCUAUGGCCAUUUGUUGGUAUAUUUGGUUGGAAAGCAAUUCAAGUGUUUUUCUUCAAAAAGGAUCUUCCAUCAAUGCAACCCUGCUGAAAGCGCUUCACCGUUGCCUGUGCUCAGGAAAGCUAAAAGACAGCCAUCAAGCAAUUUUGAAUCUUAUUGGUUCGCUAUUGAGGAGAUAAUAUCCUUGUUGGUCUGUAGCUUUUUGUUCCUUGGCUGUCUUUGAGGCGUUGUCUUUUAACAUUAUUGUACCUCUGUAUCUUCUGUUUAUAUUAAUCUAAUUGGAGGAAGCACUCAUUUUCCUCCAUUUUCCUAUUUAAAAAAAAACACAUACAUGUUUUUCAAGUGCUCAGUCAAUGGCAGAGUUUGGUUUCCUUUUGUUUUCUUCUAGU